AUGAAGCGUCCUCGCGGUGGCUACACCGACUCCAACGACGAGCGCGCAGGCAAGGUGCACGCCUUCAUUAAGAGUCUUCAGUUUUCUGUUCCGCUCUACCGCCUCCGUGAGCAGCAGGACCGCCGCGAGUGUCCCAAAUGUCACAAGCGUCGCCUCUUCUACUGCUAUGACUGCCUCAUUACCGUACACCCGGAGUCCCACCCACCACCGCUGGCACUGCCACUUAACGUGUACGUUGUGUUGCACCCCAACGAGCUUCGCGGCAAGAGCACUAGCUUGGCUGCGUCGACCAUUUCACCCGACUUGCACAUUGUAGAGUAUCCGGCGGUGCCGGAGCAGCUCGAGCCAGAGCUCACGCUGGUCUUGUAUCCCAGCGAUCAGAGCGUGGAGCUGCAUGAGGUGGAGCAUCUUGACCAGUACAAGAACGUCGUCUUCAUUGACAGCACGUGGCAGCAGAGCAAAGCGAUUGCACGGGAUGAACGGGUGAGCAAACUUAAGCACGUCCGCAUCAAGUCGCAGACGUCGCUCUUCUGGCGCUUCCAAAACAAUGAUCCGACCUACCUCGCCACCGUCGAGGCGAUCUACUUCUUUCUGCGCGAGUAUAUCACCCAAGUGAAUAAGCUGAAGGCACAAUCGGAGCACAGUGGCAGCAGCCCAUCACCACCCCCGCCCGCGCACCAGGUCGAGUCGAAGGACAGCAAAGCCUCCACGUCGGCCAUCAGCGAAAUCAGUCCGAAGACCGCUGAUGGGGCGGCGAGCAGCGCCGACGCCACCUCCUCCUACCACGGGGAAGUGGAUGACCUCCUCUUCUACUACAUCAACCAGUACAUCGGAGUCCAGCAGCGCUACACCAGCGGCAAUCCGAACAAGUACACCGACCGCCACUUCAGCGGGUACAUUAUCCAAAACACCUCAUGGGACGAGCUCGUUGCGCCGCCGCCGGCUGACAGCAACACCAGCGAAAAGGUGACCGAACCGCCACGCGAGAUUGAGUAA